AUGUUGUUGCUGAAUCUCUUGAUAUUAGCCCUGGCCGCCUACAUCUAUCCACAGCUACGCUCGGCUUUCAGUACCGAUACGGCCAUGUCUCAGACAGCUCUUCUCCUUCACGAAGCUGGCACUCCGUUAGUUGUAGGGCAUCGGCCGAUCCCGCAGCCCGGUGAGAAUCAAUUGUUAGUGAAGGUCUUGGUAGCUGGGCUGAAUCCUCAUGACCAGAGAACCCGAGACAACGGCCUUUUCGUAUCGAGCUACCCAUAUGUUCUCGGGGCAGACUUGGUCGGAGAAGUCUUGAAGGUAGGAACCGGCGAGCGCUCGGCCAGAUUCUCUAUUGGCGAGCAUGUGUUUGGCCACACUAUGGCCGAAGGUGGUGAUCCAAACGACUUCAACGCUGCGCAACAAUAUGCUCUUGUGGAUGCGAGAUUCGUGGGCAGGAUCGCGAACAGUGGCCUGAGCGUAGAUGAAGCAGCCACGAUUCCCGUCAAUGUGCUAGCCGCUUUCAUCGCUCUCUUCGCAAAAGCCGGCCAUGGCUUCCCGCCUCCAUUCUCGUCAGAGGCAAAGUCUUUCGAGUUUGUAAGCGUCACACUUCUGGUGAUUGGGGGUGGUUCGAAUACUGGCCGAGCCGUGGUUGAGCUGGCAGCCUUGGCGGGAAUAGGUCGAAUCAUCGUGGUAGCUGGAAUGCGCCAGGCGGACUCGCUGCGUUCCAGAGGUGCAACGCAUAUCAUUGACCGAUACGCCGCCAACGUAUUGGAACAGAUUCGUGCCGUUGCAGGAGAUGAUUUGGUCUACGCGAUUGACACGGUCAACGCUGGCGAGAACCAAGAGCUUGGCGUGGCAGCUCUCUCAAACACGAGGAAGGGCAUGUUGAUCACUCUUCGCCGACCGGAAGGAGAAUUCGACGCUGCUCGGAUAGGCUCAAAAUCAGCCGGAUACGAGCGCCGCUUGGUAUUUGGCGUAUCUCCGAUCCAUCCUGAAGUGACAGUGGGCUUCUGGGAGGAAAUUCCCAGAUGGUUGAGGGAGAAGAAAGUUCAUCCUAGCAGUUUCGAGGUGAUCGAAGGCCUGGAUGCGGAAGCUGCCAACAAGGUCCUGGAUGCAUAUCGCGACGGAAGCGGGAUGAAGACCAAUAUACAUCCUUGGGGAGAUGAAAAGGAUCCGCAUGUACAUUUGUGA